UUAAUAACUCCCCGGAUUCGCAAAGCGCCCGCGAGGCCGCAACCCCUUUCUUCCUCCUCACCUUCUCCUGUUCAAAGCCUCACCAACCCACCGCACCCAGCUCAGGCUCAGCUCGCCUCGCCGGUGGGAGGGGACGGGACGCGAUCCCGGAGCAAAGGGAGGGCGCCGGAUUCGAUUGGAUUGGACUGGAUGGGGGAGAGCCGCGUCCGCGUGGGCCGGUGAAUGCGACAGCCGCACGGGCUAAAAGGCUGCAGCAGCAGCAGGAGCGAGCGAGGCGCUGGCCUGGUAGUAUAUGUUCCCGCGGUUUGUCGCUGUGGCCGAGGGUCCUGUGUCAGGCGCCAGGUCUCCGGGCGGCCGGGUGCUUCGUAGGCUGGGUGCUCCCGUCCCCGAUCGAGCUGCUGAAUCGCUGUUUGGAUUGGAGAGCGGCCGGUCUGCGGUUGCAGACAUGGCAAAUUUCGGAGGUUUUCGGCGUGUGGUGAUCGUGGUUGUUCUGUGCAUUUUCCAUGUGAAUGUCGUACGGGGACAGAGCACUGACCCUGACGAAGUAAGUGCUCUCAGGGCUAUCAAAGGCAGAUUGAUUGAUCCAAUGAAUAAUCUGAAGAACUGGAAUAGUGGAGAUCCAUGUACAUCAAGUUGGAGAGGAGUCUUCUGUGACAACAUACCAAUAAAAAAUUAUCUUCAUGUAACAGAAUUGCAAUUAUUUAAGAUGAACCUUUCUGGGACUUUGGCACCAGAGAUCGGUCUUCUAUCCCAAUUGAAAACAUUGGAUUUCAUGUGGAACAACUUGACUGGUAACAUCCCGAAAGAGAUAGGCAAUAUUUCAACACUCAGGCUUAUAACUUUGAAUGGUAAUCACCUAUCUGGUUCUUUACCAGAUGAGAUUGGCUAUCUCCAAAACUUGAACAGAUUACAGAUAGACGAAAAUGAGAUAUCAGGGCCCAUACCUAAAUCAUUUGCUAAUUUAACAAACAUGAGACAUCUUCACAUGAACAAUAACUCAUUAAGUGGGCAAAUCCCAUCUGAGCUGUCCAAAUUGCCUCUACUGCUCCAUCUCCUUGUGGACAGCAACAAUUUGUCUGGACCUCUUCCUCCAGAACUAGCAGAGACUCGUAGUUUAAGAAUACUUCAGGCUGAUAACAACAACUUUAGCGGAAGUUCCAUCCCUGCUGCAUACGAGGACAUACCAACACUUCUAAAGCUGAGUCUUAGGAACUGCAAUUUGCAAGGAGGCAUACCAGAUAUGAGUCGCAUACCUGAAUUUGGCUAUUUGGAUCUUAGCUGGAACAAACUGACAGGAUCUAUACCAACAAAUAAACUUUCUUCGAAUGUCACUACAAUUGAUUUGUCACACAACUCUCUUAAUGGAACUAUUCCAUCAAGCUUAUCAGGGAUGCCUAAUCUUCAGUUUCUAUCGAUUAAAGGAAAUCACAUAGAUGGUGCUGUCCCGUCAACAAUUUGGAGUAACAUCACUUUUGGGGGAAAUCGAAGCCUCCUUGUGGACUUCCAAGAUAAUUCUCUUGCCACUAUUCCGGCUGCAUUCGAGCCUCCACAAGCAGUCACUAUCCUACUUUAUGGGAACCCUGUAUGCACAAAUUCUACUCCCGCUCGAGCUGCUGGUGUUUGCCAACCCACAUCUAUAACGGAAGCUCCAUCUGGACAGGGACCACGAGCUAGCAUAAACUGUUCUCCUUGCCCAACAGAUAAAAGUUAUGAAUACAAUCCAUCAUCACCCCUACCUUGUUUCUGCGCUGUGCCUCUGGGAGUUGGAUUUCGGCUGAAGAGUCCAGGAAUCUCAGAUUUCCGUCCCUAUAAAGAAGACUUUGAGAAAAACUUAGCCAAUCUGUUGGUCCUGGCUGAUUACCAAUUAUACAUUGAACGGUACAUAUGGGAGAUCGGUCCAAGGCUGAAUAUGCAUUUGAAAUUAUUCCCAAAUAAUACGAAUUUAUUCAAUACGUCCGAAGUUGUGAGGCUCAGACAUCAACUUGCUGCAUGGGAGAUUACUCUAUCAGAUGUAUUUGGUCCGUAUGAGCUUCUCAACUUCACACUUGGUUCCUAUGCAGAUGACUUCCCAACUGUGGUGUCGUCAGGUUUAAAGAGGGGUGCAUUAGCUGGUAUUUUGGUAGGGACUAUCACUGCUUCUAUUGCGGCAUCUGUGUUUUCUACGAUAUUUAUAAUGAGAAGACGUUCAAAACGCAGAACUACUUCUAGGCGGUCAUUACUUUCAAGGUAUUCUGUCAAGGUUGAUGGUGUGAGAUGCUUCACAUUUGAUGAAAUGGCCGCAGCAACAAAUGAUUUUAACGAUUCAGCUCAAGUUGGUCAAGGGGGUUAUGGAAAAGUUUAUAAAGGAAAUCUAGCUGAUGGAACAGCUGUUGCAAUCAAACGGGCACACGAAGGUUCUCUUCAAGGUUCAAAGGAGUUCUGCACAGAAAUAGAGUUGCUAUCAAGACUACAUCAUCGUAAUUUAGUUUCUCUGAUUGGCUAUUGUGAUGAAGAAGAUGAACAGAUGCUGGUGUAUGAGUUCAUGCCAAAUGGUACUCUGCGUGAUCACCUUUCUGCCAAGUCUAGAAGACCUCUGAACUUUAGCCAGAGGGUACAUAUUGCCCUGGGUGCUGCAAAGGGAAUCCUCUAUCUACACACCGAAGCAGAUCCUCCUAUAUUUCAUCGUGAUGUUAAGGCCAGCAACAUCCUACUGGACUCCAAAUUUGUUGCGAAAGUGGCUGACUUUGGUCUUUCAAGGCUUGCCCCAGUACCAGAUGUUGACGGAACUAUGCCGGCUCAUAUCUCCACUGUUGUUAAGGGUACCCCAGGCUAUCUUGAUCCAGAGUACUUCCUUACUCACAAACUGACGGACAAGAGCGACGUGUACAGCCUCGGCGUCGUGCUUCUAGAGCUCUUGACUGGGAUGAAGCCAAUCCAGCAUGGCAAGAACAUUGUCAGAGAGGUAAACACGGCUUACCAAUCGGGCGACAUCGCCAGAGUCAUCGACGAGCGGAUCAUCUCCAGCCCUCCGGAGUGCGUGGCGAGGCUCGCCGCGCUGGCCGUCAAGUGCUGCAGAGACGAGACCGACUCGAGGCCGUCCAUGGCCGACGUCGUGAGGGAGCUGGACGCGCUGCGGGGCGCGCUGCCGGAGGGAGAGGACCUCCUCCCGGAGUACGCCGACCAGUCAGCCACCUCCUCCUCCCUGACCGGGCCGCUGUCGUCGUCGUCGACCACGGGGGCGCUCUUCAUCUCCUCCGGCAGCGGCGGCAACGCCAAGAGCGGCAUCCCGUCCGGCACGGUGGCUCCCCGGUAGCAUCAUCGCGUGCCGGCUAACGUAACGUUUUUCGUUUUUUUUUUCCGUGUCGUGUGUAAAGAAAAAAAAAUUGGCUGUAGAGUGUAAGCAAAACGCGGAGGUCUGUGCAGUGCAGUACUGUAGUAAGUAUGAUCACUCCUGACUGACUACUGACUGGUCUUCUUCCAGUUCCAGGUGAUUUCUUUGGUCUUUACACGAGUUAUUAGUCGCCGCUGUAAUUAACUAGAUGAAUGCAGCUAACCUUCACAUCUUCA